AUGCAAUUGCAAUCUAAGGAAGUGUCUUUGCCUGACAGGCUUGAAGCCCGGCUUGAACAAGCCGGUGUCAUUGGGUUUGUGGAAGGGUUUUGGAAUGAAUGGCAGCUCGAGACGGGAAGAGUGAAGCUUGUCGCGACUCUCAGCAGCUUGAGUUCUGGCCUGGGAAAUAUUGAUGAGGCCAUGAUUAAACAGGCUCGCAAGACGGCAAAGGACGUGGGGUUAUAUUGCGAAGAGUUCGUUAACAUCUUUCCGAUGCUGGAACGAAAGUAUACAGCAGGGGCGGGAGCGUCGAACGAAGUGUUUGUGCUCUAUAAGCCCAUGAUAGAAGCGGCAAUCUUCGCGGGGCAAGGACCUCUGCUUUCAGAGGCGAUCAUGACCCUGUACGCCUCUCAUGGUGGAAACCGUGGGCCACUACUGCCAUCACGUCCAGAAAAGGAUAGUGUGGAUUUGGUACCAGUGAAAAGUAGCGUGGUGAGCAGUGACAUUCAGAUACGUGACCAAACCCAGCCACUUACACUGCGGCUCCGCGCCUUGGUGGACUUCGUCGCCAGCAAAUCUGAAAGCGCAACGGCUUUGCCGCCUGUGCCAGCGGACAAAAAUAUUUUAAGGGAGGUGGAAAUUAUCCGGCAGAGCUGGGAAGAACCAAACGUCGACAUAAAUGGACAGCUUCAAGGCAGCGGUAAGCCAAACCGACAACGGAUAUGCAAUAAUCCAACCGAAAUUCGCGAUACUCUAACCAUUCAUGGUAAAAAAGUCAAGAUUGUCAGGAUUAAGCCUCGUGGGAAGAAUUACGAAUUUGAGGUAGUCGACCACAACAAUGAGAGACGAAUGGACCUCACCUCACUUAGUAAGAUUCUCAUGGAAGGUACUCCAUCAGAUGUUAAAGAUAACGCCGACGUUAUCUAUGCUAUUUUUGUGAGGGCUUUGGUUUCGGUCCACCCCAAAGUCCAGCUGAAAAAGAAUGACAAAAAGAGUGAGGACCUACCCAAAAUGAUCAGAUUCCAACACAUCAAAGAACGGGUUGAAAAAGCUUCGCCGGAGAUGUGGCUCGUGCAAUAUAGGGAUGGAGGCCAGGAGGAGGUAUCACGUGGUACAAUAUCGGGCUGGGGUUUGGAUGCGCGUGAACAGAUGAAGGCUAGAAGAUAG